UGGCGGCCGUGGCGUCGGAGAUGUUCCAUGACAGCUCCGUCAGCGAGAUCUUCUGGGCCGUCCGGAGGAGAUGCCCAGAGUGGUCGGUCACCCCACACCGCGUGCGCAGGGCGCUCGCGGAGCUUGCCAGGCUGCGGAAGAAGGAGUCCAAGAGCAGCGGCAGCGGCGCGCGGGGCCGCUCCGGCCGCACAGCCCGCGCGUUCCCGCACGACGUGGUCGAGCUGACGGGCAGUGCCAGGCACUCGAAGAAUGCGCAGUGGCAAUGGCGGGGCCAGGUGCUGCGCGUGGCGGGCUACGACGACGGCGAGGCAGCCGACGAGGACGAGCAGGAGCUGCCCCCGAACCACUGCUCGGUGUUCUGGUUGGGGCGCAGCCUCGAGCAGAGCCCCAACACGCUCACCAGGGAGGCCGCCGUGCGCGUCGUCGACCGGCCCUGGGUGCUCGGCGACCGGGUGGCGCGGCGCGAGGACCCGAGGUCCCUCGGCACCAUCGCGGCGGUCAACUGCCGGCUGCGCUUCGCAGGCAUCGUCGGGGCCUCGUCGGGCCCCGCGCGGGCGACCGCGGCGGUGUCGCCGGAGGUGCCGGCGCAGCUGGUGCCCGCGGUGGGCGGAUUCCGCGCUGAGGACUGGGUCGCGAACGAGGCCACCCGCUGGGUGGGCCGGGUGGAGGAGGCCGUCUUCCGUGUCGAGGUGGAGCUCCUGGGGCGGGACGAGGAGUUCCCCCCGCGCGGCCGGGGCCGCCGCCGCCCCCCCGCCUGCGUGUUCGAGGUGAGCAGCGAGGGGCUCGCGGGCCUGGGCCCCGCGGGGGGCGAGGACGUCAACCCGCAGGAGCUCAGCCCCCACUUCCCCGGCCAGCGGGUGCGGGCCCCGGCCAGGCUGUGGCGUCAGGCGGAGUGGAUCCGGGGCAGCCUGGGCCGCCGCUCGCCCCGCCGCGGCGCGCCCCUCUGCGGCGUCGUGGCCAGCGUGGAGUGCCGCCACCUGGCGGUGCGGUGGCUCGCCGGCGCGGUCAAGGACUCGGAGCCGCCCGACGAGUGGGUCGAGCCGGCGGCCGUGCGGGUGCUCGCGGUGCCGAGCUCCUCGGAGGGCUGGGCGAUCGGGGACCACGUCCAGUCGCCGUCCUGGCACUCGCCAUCGGCGGUGAUCGUGGAGUCCGCCACCACCGUCUCGGUGCACUGGGCGGACGGCACCGUGGAGACCGACAUCCCCUCGCUGCGGCUCUGCCCCAGGCCGCACGUCUCCGCGCACGACUUCCUGCCGAACGACUUCGUCGCCAGGAGCGGCGAGGGCGGUGCGGCCGAGCCCAGCACGGCGACGCCGCGGGAGGGCGCUGGCGCGGGCGAGGGGCCGGCGGAGGUGCCGGGCGCGGGCGCCGAGGCGCAGCUCGGCGGCAGCACCGUGGACCCGUCGCAGCCGCAGCAGGACCUCGGCGGGGAGGCCGAGAGUACGCCCAUGGACGUGGAGCAGAAGGUGGAGCAGGAGGUGAAGGCGGCGGCGCAAGCCCGGCCGCCCCUGGGCGUGUGCCGCAGCGUCGACCUGCAGGCGCGCACGGCGGUGGUGGAGUGGGCCUCCGGCCCGCAGGCGCAGCAGGUGGAGGAGGUCAGCGUGUUCGAGCUCACGGACCACCCGCAGGUGGACAUUCGCCUCGGCGACGCCGUGCUCGUGCCCGACGCGCAGGACCAGCAGUGGGCCGGUCGCGUGUGCGAGCUGAGGUCUGACGGGCAGGCCCACAUCAGGCUGCUCGACGGCAGCUACCAGUGGAAGGAGGUCUGGCACCUCCUCGUGGUCGACGACGGCGACGGCUCCGAGUCUGCCGGCGAGGGCUCCGGCUCCGACGACGAGAGCGCGCGCUCCGAGGCCGCGCCGUCGGAGGGGCGCGAGGAGCCCGAGGCGCGGACCCCCGGGGCGGACGCGCCCGACGUCGCCAUGGAGGGCCCCGACGACGACGAGCCGAUGGAGGGCCCCGAGGCGAAGGCCUCGCAGGCAGCCCGACCUGGCAUCGCCUCCGGCAUCAUCAACUUCGUCGGCGACUACCUCGGCCUGUCCGGGUCGCGCUCGGCCAGCUCCGGCGCCCCCGCCGCGCCGCCCACGCCCCCGGCGGCGGCUGCGCCCGCAGACGCGUCAGAGGAUGGGCCGCCGCCCUCCGCGACAGCGCCUGCCGAGGAGCCGUGCUCCGGAGUCCCCGCGUUCGACGCGUUCGACGACGACGUGGAGCCCAUAGACCACCACUUCCUGGCGCGCGCGACCUCCUCGUCGCGCCCCUUCCUGUCGGCGGUGCGGCGCGAGAUGGCCUGCCUCAAGAAGGGCCUCCUGGAGGGCUCCACGGGCCCGGCCCCCAUCGUGGUCCGCACCUUCGGCUCCCGCACCGACCUCUUCCGCGCCAUGGUGGUCGGCCCAUCCGACACGCCGUACUCCCACGUCCCCUUCUUCUUCGACUUCUGCCUCCCCAGCGACUACCCUCGCGAACCUCCCCUGGCUUACUUUCACGCGCACCACGUGGGCAACGAGCGGCUGAAUCCCAACCUCUACGUGGACGGCAAGGUCUGCCUCAGCCUCCUGGGCACGUGGUCCGGGCCCUCGUGGGACCCGCAGCGCUCGACCCUGCUGCAGGUGCUCGUCUCCCUGCAGGGCCUGGUUCUGGUGGAGGAGCCGUACUUCAACGAGCCGGGGCACGAGUGCGACGCCGGCACCGAGCAGGGGCAGCAGGCCUCCACCCUGUACAACGAGCACGCGCGCCUCUUCGCGCUGCGCGCCGCGCUCAACGUGGCGGCCAACCCGCCCCUGGGUUUCGCCGAGAUCGUCGCAGACUACUUCGCCCGCUUCGGCGCAAAGCUGGUCGGUGAGGUCGAGGAGGCUCUGGAGGGCCCCAGCGCCUCGAAGAGCAGCGAGGGCUUCCGCAAGGUGCUCGCUAAGACCCUGCCCCGACUGCGAGAGCGCUUCGCCCCCGUGUCCGCGGUGGCCGCCUCAGCGGCGGCCGCCCCGGCGGCAGCGAGCGCGAGCGCGGCAUGCUCGGCGGGCCCCGAAGGCAGCGCCUCGGCCGACGGGGACCUCUAGGCUGCCACAGCCCCAGACGUCUGGCGACCUGCCGUGCACUGGAACAAAACACGUCGUCGGAGGUCUGGGACACUGCAGGGCUCGUGCCGAACUUUUUGCAGUGCUCAGGCUGCUGGGCUGCCGGGCUGCACUGGCUGCCAGGCUGCACAGGCUGCCCGACUGCACAGGCAGCCGGCGUGCCCAGGACGCCGGGCUGCACAGCACCGGCAGGCUGCACAGACUGCCGCUCAUGCCCGAGGGAUAAGGCCUCUGGCUGGGGGGGGGUUCGCCCGUGAGAGGUGUGGACGGGGAUUGUCGGGCUCUGCUCCCGGUCGGGGCCUGCGGGCGCCCUUUGUAGUGGUGGGCAGAUCCUGCCAGGCUGCGGCCUCCUGGGGAUGGCAGAGGGGUGUG